AUACCAACAUCGCUCCUCUUAAACCCUAGAAAAUUCGUUUUAAAUUACUCGAAUUCGGCGCCGAGGACGAAGAAGAAGCUCUCGAUCGAUCGAUCGAUCGAUCGAACCACAGCAAUGGCGAUCUCUUCGAUCCUCCCCACAACGAUCUCCCUCCCAAGCACGCGGCUCCCCAAUCCCCCGACCCCGAUCUCGUCUCUUAGGGUUUUAUCCCCCUCGACCACCCACCUCACCCUCUACUCCUCCUCCUCCUCCUCCUCCUCCUCCUCCUCCUACCCCCUCGCCCUCGUCCUCCGCCGCCGCAGCGGCGGUUACGGCGGGGCGGUGGCGCCGGUGCGGAUGGGAGGGGGGCCGCGGACGUACCCGGGAGGGGUCUCGAAGUGGCAGUGGAAGCGGAUGCAGGCGAAGAAGGGGAAGCAGCUCCUCAAGGCCCGCCUCUGCCGCGAGCGCCAGAUCUACGAGAUGCGGAAGCGCGCGGAGCUCCGCGCCGCCGCGGCGCAGCUCGAGAGGCCGUGGGAGGCGCCGCCGCCGGCGCCGGCGCCGGCGGAGACGCUGUUCUCGGUGAGCGCCGACGAGCAGGUGAAGGCGCUCGCCGACCGGUUCCGCCGCCCCGGGGGGUUCGACGCGUGGAACGACCGGGACGGGCCGCAGAUAUUCCAGAAGCUUCCGCCGACCACCGACGAUGGCGACCUCCCCUCCGCGAGGUUCUUCCCGAAGGGAGCAGUGCACAGCGUGAAGCCCUACGGCAUCACCGAUUCGAAGGAGGAGGACGGAGAGGUUGAUCUCGAAAGGGGAGGAGACGAUCUACGGUUUGGGAUCGGAGGGCGGCAACGGAGGAGGAGGAGGAGGAGCGUGAGGAGUUCCGGGGAGCCACCAAUCGAUGCGGAGAUCACCGAUUCAACAAGAGAAAGGGACAGUUUUCGAUUGGAUUCAGGUGAUGAUUCUUUGAUCAGAAAUGGAGAUCAAAUGCGGAGAGGAGUCGAUGGAAGGGCGAAUAGGAACAGUAGAUGGAGGAGUUCUCUUCGGCCGACUGCGGAUAUAUCUAAUCUAUCUAUCAACGAGGAUUCGAAUGGAAAGAGCGAUCGAAGAUGGAGUAGAUAUUCGAGUUCAAAUGAUAGAAUUAGUGGGGGGAGAAUUGGUGAUCUAUAGAUUUGAGAAGUUACAGGAUUAAGAUUGGAGCAGGAAAAGAGAGGUGCACUACUUGAAAGGAGAGCAAUAAAUUAAGCUGGGUUGAGCCCAAUAAGUUGACUGGGGAUGCGAUCCACAAGAUCUCCAACAUUCAUACAGAUUGAGUUAGGUCAAAAUCCGUGAGGCGCUAUGGAUGUGCCCGUAAGUGCGAUGGAUGUGUUUUUCAUGUCAGCACGUAUUUUUGGGAUAGUUCGUGAGUGCUUAUGCUAUCAACCUCAUUAACGAAUAACGAUGCAAUGUUUACUGAGUAAUAUCAAUCUUUUAAUCUUCCAUUUUAGGGUC